ACUGGGGCAAAAUGAAUACUAGUUCAGGAAUGAAGAUUUUGGUACUGGUGACCUUAUAGCUGUUUUUAUAACAGCUAAUCACAGAGAUUGGAGAUUUUGAUUGUGAAUUUGAUGAUGACCCCAUGGGGCAAUUUCAUUUGAUGAUAAGAGGAUGAUGGAAGGGUUGGCUAACUGGAAUACAAGAAGUUGGGUCAACUGUUGCAUUGUCUGCCUCUUCCUGUGUAUUCAAUCUGUCGUUGCACAACCAGGAUUUGUGAGCAUACAUUGCUGUUCUGAUAAAGAUUUUGUUGAGCCAAAUACAAGUAUAUACUGGAUUCCAGAUGAUUAUUGGUAUCCUGAUAAUCGAAGUUGCCAAGACACAACGCCAGUGCAAGACGAUACAGGCUACAAUAGAGCAAGAGUUUUCGACUCAGGUCUUGGUCAUAAAUGGUGUUAUAACUUGACCACGGAGAGGGAUCAAGCCUACUCGGUAAGGGGUACAUUUCUUUCUGGUGACCAUGAAAGGCGACCUCCAGGAUCUGGCUUCAGUGUCUCCAUUGAUGCCACGGUGAUAGGCGUAGUGAAGUCAUCAGGUGAAUCGAAGGUUGAAGGGAUUUUCAAAGCAACCAAGGACUACGUUAACUUCUGCUUGCUGCAGGGCCAAAGAGUACCUUACAUUUCAAAGCUUGAAUUGAGACCUCUAACUUCUGAUUGCCUGAACAGGGAUCCCUAUAGUGUGCUCAACCUUAUUGAUAGAGUAGAUGCCGGAAAUGAAGGAGGGGAUAUCAGGUACCCUCUUGACCGGUAUGAUCGAAUCUGGAGGGCAGACAAAUACAGUGAUCCAAUGGCAAACCGCAUAUCAUCAUCUAGCGUCAACGUUACCAGGUCUUCUCCCAACCUAACAUUUCCUCCAGUCGAAGUGUUACAAACAGCCCUUACCCAUCCAGAACGACUGGAAUUCUCUUACAACAACCUAGACUCGGACUACCACCGUUACGACCUAUUACUCUACUUUCUAGAACUCAAUGACCAAGUUAAAGUUGGGCAGAGGGUGUUUGAUGUGUAUGUCAACGAUGCAAAGAAGACGCAAGUAGAUGUAGCGCUUAGUGGCACCUUUAGAUUUGUCAUUUUAAAUGUCACGGCCAAUGGAUAUCUAAAUCUUACCAUGGUUAGGCUCUCCAACGGGUCACAAUACGGACCUAUAAUCAGCGCCUAUGAGAUUUUGCAGGUUCACCCAUUGAUUCAAGAAACAGGCCGCGAAGAAGUGGAUAAUAUUAUUGAUGUGAAAAAUGAGUUCUUGAGAGGCAAUCCAGACAAUGAGCUUCUUGCGAGUUGGUUAGGGGAUCCUUGUCUUCCUAUUUCAUGGCCCGGAUUGUCUUGUGAGCUUGCUAAUGGUACCUCAGUCAUCACCACGAUGAAUCUUUCAUCCAGUAUGCUAGGCGGACCACUGCCUCCCAGCCUUACUAAGCUGUUCAAUCUGAAGGAAUUGGAUAUAAGUCACACCAGUCUCGUGGGAAACAUUGCAGAGUUAGUAACCUCACUGCCAAAUUUGACAACGCUGUUGAUGCUUCAGUGUGUGGUUGUGAAAGAUUUCAGUCUCUGUGUGCAAGAGAGUCUGAUUCAUUUUCCUCCUCAUUUCAGUAAGGACAAAUGUAUCCAUCAGGCUUCCAGGCACUCAGCAAGGGGAGUCGUGAUAGGCGUGGUUACGGGAGUAUGUAUCCUAGUUACCAUUGCUAUAGGGGCAAUCUUGGUUUGCAGGAAAAAGGGAAAAUUGAUUUUCAAGAGAAAGUAUGAUGCAAACGGGUUAUCAAUGACAAAAAAUGCUGUAUAUUCAGUACCCAGCACAGAUAUCAUACUGAGGUCCAUAUCCAUCCAGAGUUUCACUCUACAGUACAUAGAAGCAGCAACCCAGAAAUAUAAAACAUUAAUAGGUGAAGGAGGAUUUGGAUCUGUUUACCGGGGUACUCUUCCUGAUGGCCAAGAAGUGGCUGUGAAGGUCAGAUCUGCCACAUCAACACAGGGAACACGUGAAUUUGACAAUGAGCUGAACCUGCUCUCAGCUAUCCGUCACGAGAACCUGAUCCCGCUGUUUGGUUACUGCUGUGAAAAUGACCAGCAAAUUCUUGUUUACCCCUUCAUGUCUAAUGGCUCCCUACAAGAUCGUUUAUAUGGAGAAGCGGCAAAGAGGAAAAUCCUAGACUGGCCGACCAGGCUUUCCAUAGCUCUAGGAGCUGCACGAGGUUUAACAUAUCUUCAUACAUUUGCUGGACGCUCUGUAAUACAUAGGGAUGUGAAAUCAAGUAACAUACUCCUGGAUCAGAGCAUGUGUGCAAAAGUUGCAGACUUUGGUUUUUCAAAAUAUGCACCUCAGGAAGGAGACAGCGGCACCUCUUUAGAAGUAAGGGGUACAGCAGGAUAUUUGGAUCCAGAGUACUACUCAACCCAACAUCUGUCAGCUAAAAGUGAUGUAUUCAGCUUCGGAGUUGUAUUAUUGGAAAUUGUAAGUGGUCGUGAACCUCUCAACAUAAACAGACCGCGAAAUGAAUGGAGCUUGGUUGAAUGGGCCAAACCCCGGAUAAGGAACUCAAGAAUUGAAGAAAUCGUGGAUCCAAGCAUCAAGGGAGGGUAUCAUGCAGAGGCAAUGUGGAGAGUGGUGGAGGUGGCUUUGGCAUGCAUUGAACCUUAUUCAGCCUAUCGACCAUGCAUGGCCGACAUUGUCCGGGAGCUUGAGGAUGCGUUGAUCAUAGAGAACAAUGCAUCUGAAUACAUGAAAUCAAUUGACAGCUUUGGAGGAUCAACUCGAUAUUCCCUAGAGAGGCCAAUUGUUAUUCUACCCACUCCCAACCAAACAGAAGCAUCCCCAAUCCUAUCACAACCACCUCCUCCACAACCGAGAUGACCAUAGGAUAAAUAGGAUUCUUCACUCAGAGGCCAUUAUCAAUGUAGCCAUUUCUCUUCAUAGUGACAAUGGGAAACUGGAGGAUGACACCUGAACUCUACUAAUGAAGCGCGCUACUGAGUCUUAGCUCCAAUCCCCUAAACUUGCAAUCAAUGUAACAUUUGCUUACACUUCCUACCUUAUGUAUUGCGGGCACCAAGCUGCAAGACUGUUAAAUGGCAUGGAAUAGGGACUAGGUCAUUUGGCCUAAAAUUAGUACAGUAACCAUUCUUUGUUUACAUAAACCACUAGUCCUCUGAAUACUGAAAUCCCAAAACAGCAUGCUAUACAUCAAUAUGUACGAGGAUGAUCCAUCAGAGACACCCUAAGGGCUGUAUGGAAACAUAGCUAAAGGCCAUUC